CCCCGCCUUGGCUUCCCUGCGGCCGCCCCGGCUGGCGGCCCCUCGCGGCGGGCGGCAGGGUAUGUCCGCGGCGCAGGUGUCGGCGGCGCCCGCCGAGCGGCGGGGCUGGGGCGCUGAAGGCGGCGGCCCGGCGGUCAGCCAGCCUCGGGAGUCGGAGGAGCCCCGGCAGCCGGAGCCCGGCUCGCCCCGCGGGGAGGAGGCCGCGGAGGAGGGCGGCCGGCGACGGCCGGCGGUGGAAGCCCCGCCGCCCAAGGAGAACCCGUGGACGAGGCGCAGACCCGCGCGGGACAGCCCCUCCCCGCCCGCGGCGGACGGGGAGCUCGUCCCGCAGGACCGAGAAGAAAAAAACCUGCUGGUAAAUGAACUACAAAAUUCCACUAAAGUUAUAAAAGCAGCAAAACCCAGGACAAGGAAAUGCAGCAAGGGUGGUGAUUUUGGUGAUAUCACGAACUGGCCAACACCAAGUGAAAUAGCAAACAAUGAAUGUAAGACUGUAAGUCACAGUAAGAAGCCAACAAAUAGAAGAGAAAAGGAGGAGAAAUCUGAUCAAAAAAGCAAUAAUGGAAUCAAGGACAACCUGGAGGCAAAGCCAGAUGGUCCAGGAGAUAAUAUUAGCGAAGAUGAAGUUCAAACUAAUAACCAAAGGAAAAAAGGUAACAAGCAGAAAUGGGUGCCACUUCACUUGGAUGAUGUAAGGUCAGACAGUCAAGAAAGACCAGGCUCUCGAACUAGCUCAAGAUUUCUGCUGGAAACAAACAAGUUAAUACCUCAUAACAACAGACGGAAUGAGACAAGAAAUUGGCGUCGUGAUAGAGAAAAGAGAGAUGAUCAUGAUGAAGUGUGCAGCGUGAGAAGUGAGGGUGGCAGUGUUCGAGGAUUCUCCAGAGGCAGAGGAAGAGGUAGAGGCAGAGGAAGAGGACGAGGCAGAGGAAACCCUAGAAUGAACUUUGAAUAUUCAGUUGGUUAUCAAGAACUGUAUGGUGAAGGAACUGACCAAGUAUUUCAACCUGAGCUUAAUGCUGGUGUGAUGUAUUACUAUGGUGAUGGAACAGGAAUGCAGAUGUAUUCUGUGGAUGAAGCACUUCUCAAAGAAUAUAUAAAACAUCAAAUUGAGUAUUAUUUCAGCACAGAAAAUUUGGAAAGAGACUUCUUUCUGAGGAGAAAGAUGGACCAACAAGGAUUUCUGCCUGUUUCAUUGAUUGCUAGUUUCCGUCGGAUGCAAGCUCUGACUACAAAUGCUGCACUCAUUUUGGAGGCCCUAAAGGACAGUACAGAAGUUGAAACUGUGGAUCAGAGGAUAAGAAAAAGGGUUGAUCCAGAAAAGUGGCCAAUUCCAGGUCCUCCUCCAUGCAGUCUGCCACCAACUGACUUUUCUCAGUUCAUCAAUUGUCCAGAAUUCAUACCAGGCCAAAUUUUUGGCUCACAUACUGAGUCUGCACCAAGUUCUCCAAGAAUGGGAAGCCUGCUGAGUCCAAAGGAAAACACUGAAAUGAGUAAUUUUCAGACGAUAUCUAAAGGAUUGUCUACAAGUUUGCCUGAUUUGGACUCUGAACCUUGGAUAGAAGUGAAAAAGAGGCAUCGUGCAUCCACGGUCAAACUAAAGGAAAGUGUUCCUGUACCUGAUCAAACAUCAGAUCAACAACAGCCACCCCCGCCUCCAGAGGAACAAGAACAAGAAGAACUUGAUUUUUUGUUUGAUGAAGAGAUGGAGCGAAUUCAAGGUCGGAAGAAUAAAUUUACUGAUUGGUCCGACAGCGAUUCCGAUUAUGAAAUUGAUGAUCAGGACGUAAACAAGAUUUUGAUUGUAACACAGACACCACCAUAUAUGAGAAAACAUCCUGGUGGAGAUCGUACUGGCAACCAUGUAUGCCGUGCAAAAAUUACAUCAGACCUUGCUAAAGUUAUUAAUGAUGGCUUAUACUAUUAUGAACAGGAUUUGUGGAUGGAGCAGAGUGAAAAUGACACGAUGAUGAAGCAAGAGAUUGAGAACUUUAAGAAGCUAAAUCUCAUUAGUAAGGAAGAAUUUGAUAAUCUUGCACCAGAACCAAUUGCUGAUCCAACCCAAGAAGUUCCUCCAGGACCUCCAGGGUUACAGAAGAAGGAGCUGGUUUGUAAUUUAAGUAUUGAAGUACCUCCAACAGCAGCAAUAGCUCGAUCACUGCCAACAGCAGUUCCAGAUUCCCCCUGUGCUCACCCUGGCUUCACCCCGCGAACGCCUCGCACCCCAAGGCUACAGGAUCCCAACAAAACACCCAGGUUCUACCCUGUUGUUAAAGAGGCGCGAUCCAUUGAUGUAAAGACUCCAAGAAAAAGAAAAACACGACACAGUACAAAUCCUCCCUUAGAAUGCCACGUUGGUUGGGUGAUGGAUUCCAGAGACCACAGGCCAAGAACUUCCUCUGUGAGCAGUUCCAAUGCUUCACCUUCAGAAGGAGCUCCACUAGCAGGAAAUUACGGGUGUACUCCAAAUUCUCUUCCAAAAUUUCAGCAUCCUUCUCAUGAACUGUUAAAGGAAAAUGGCUUUACUCAACAGGUGUACCACAAAUAUCGUCGAAGGUGUCUAAUGGAGAGGAAACGGUUGGGAAUUGGCCAGUCCCAAGAAAUGAACACACUUUUUCGUUUCUGGUCCUUUUUUCUGAGAGAUCACUUUAACAAGAAAAUGUACGAAGAAUUCAAACAGCUUGCUCUAGAUGAUGCAAAAGAACACUACAGGUAUGGAUUGGAAUGCUUGUUUAGAUUUUACAGCUAUGGCCUAGAAAAGAAAUUCAGGCAAGAAAUAUUCAAAGAUUUCCAAGAAGAAACCAAGAGAGACUAUGAAGCUGGUCAGCUGUACGGACUGGAAAAAUUUUGGGCUUAUCUAAAAUACUCUCAGCACAAGACUCCAGCCAUUGACCCCAAACUGCAAGAAUACCUUAGUAAAUUUAAGAGACUGGAGGACUUCAGAGUGGAUCCUCCCAUUAGUGAAGAAUCUGGCAGAAAGAGACCGGUUGCUGCAACAGGUGAGGAUUCAGGUCAUCGCAGACAUCAGUCUCAUUCUUCUAAAACACUUCUUGCCGCUAAACCCACGGCUGCCUGUCAGUCCCAGGCACUGGGAAACGUUACCAGUGGCAAUACUGUGCAAGCGUCCAUAGGCCGUAACAAUGCUGCCACAAAAUCUAUAGAAAGUGACGUACCAGAAAAAUAGACUUAAGACGAGCUUGCGCCCUUGUGAAUCAACUUUUACAUCAGUCUUUUAAUUUGGAGAUCUUCAAGGCGAGCCAAUCUAAUACACAAUUAAAAAUGUAUGGGAAGACAAAGGAUUGGAUUCUCUUUUUCACAGGAUUUAGUUCCAAAACACUUACCCUAGGAGAGUUGCUCUUGGUUUUGGGAUCAUCAGAAGGAUCCUAGGGAAGAUUCUUUGGCUUCAGUAUUGCUUUCCUCAAGCUUUUGUUUACAAAGAACUGCAUUCCUUGCAUAUGCAAAAAAUACUUUGGGGAUGCCUUACAUUUCAGCUCCUAUUUCCUAAAAAAGGUAUGAUAUACCCAUGUUAUUUACUGUGCUUUCUUUACCCAGAUUUUCCCAUUAUUUGUAUUUUACCAAAGCAAAAAGAUUAUGUUAUAUGUAGAAUUUUAUAAAGGAAGGAUCUAUGUGAUUGGUUUGCUCUUGAAUCUAACUAUUAAAAAGUAUGUUUUUGUGCAAAAGCACACUCGAGAAUGUGCAGCUAUAUAUGAAACUGCAUUUCUGGAUUCUAUUUAAAGACAUAGUUUCUAUUUUUUCAGGGUCUCCAUAGUUAGUAUUUUAUUAAGUAUGGAGUUUGAGUGGACAUAACUGGGAUAGUUUUGCAGAUAUUUCCUUCAGUACUGGUUCUUAAUAACUCAAGCAACAGGGGAAAAUGGAUCUGUUGAUUUCAUAGUGUCUUAAAUUAACAUACAGUAUCUACAGUUUGUGCCGGUUGUUAAAAUAGCAAACUAUUCAAAUUAUUCUCGGCUUGAAAGGUGUCUUCAUUUGAAUUCUCUUAUGAUUAUGAAGUACUCUAACAGGAGAGGCAUCAUUUUUAAACAUGGUUUUUUUUCUCCGUAUUUCAAGUAAUAAAAAUGAGUUUGGAGGGAAACAAAGUAUUCCUUGUAAAUUUUAUUUUUUCCUCUAUUUUGCAAUAUCUGAAUGAAGUUCUGCUUAAAUUGUGCUAGCUAAGCGUAAAUAAUUUCAAACAGGUCUAAAUACAAUGUCACUGAAUGUAAGUUAUUCAAAUACAAAUACAUUUCUAUAGCUGAAAGAUGGGGAUGUUUAUAUCCUGUAACUUCUUAUUAACUUCAUGACUUUGUUUUGAAAGACUCAAAAAGAACUGAGUGGGCAACUUAUCUCUUCCAAGGGCAGGCGAGAAGAAUUUCAGCUUUUUGUUAAACUGCAGAAAAGACUUCAGGUAACUUUUCAAGUUAAAAAGUUAUGUCUAGCACAAAUGCCUUAAUCCACAAAGGUGUCCUAACUGACUGCACAGCCACGUAUGGGGUUUUAAACUUGUAUCAGAUCUCAGAGGUUCUAACAAACAAGUCCAUUAAUUUUCCAGUCAUUGUCUUGUGAAUCUCAAUGAAACAAAUUAUGACUGUUUGCACUGUAAAGGAGUAUAUGUUAGCAGUGGCCUUCCCAACAGUUAAUACCAUUUCAAUACAAAAUCAAGCCUUUUGUAAGUAAGUGGCCUGUUCUAAAUGAAUUUAAAUGAACACAUACCAAUAUUUUAAGUAAUAUCCUGGAAAUAUGCUGAAGUGACACAUCUGAAUCCUGUGUUUGAUCCAUGCCUUUUGCUAUCCAAGAAAAUGAUGCGAAUGUAAAUUUAGAUUGAAAUUGUAUAUACAAGUAAUAGAUUUAAGAUAUUUCCUUUCACUUUUUCAUUGGAAAAUGUGCAGAUUAAGCUUUUAGUGUGUAAUUUUGUGAUAUCUUGACAAAUUUUAUAAAAACAAGAAAAAAACCCAACCUAAUAGUGUUGCAUAUC